GUCUGCAAUAAUCUUUCGAGUGAGCUAAGAGCUCAUGCAUUUCAUACAGAGGAAAUGAAAAUGGUGACCUUGCACAUGAGACUACUUCCUCUACUUUUCAUCCUUUUCAACUCAGUUUGGUCCACAACUUCAAAUUCAGCUACACAAAGCUUUCUCCACUGUUUUACCUCCCACUCCCACAUAUAGAAUUUCAACUCAAGUAGCAAAAUCAUCAUUACCAAAAACAGUUCUGCUUAUUCCUCAGUCUUGGAAUCUUCCAUAAGGAAUCUCAGAUUCUUAAACCCUUCAACACCAAAACCAGAAGCUAUCAUAAAUCCUCUUCAUGGCUCUCAUGUUCAAGCAGCUAUAAUCUGCUCCAAGAAAGAGGGCAUACUUAUAAGAAUCUGAAGCGGGGGCCACGACUAUGAGGGCCUAUCUUAUGUAUCUGAAACUCCUUUCAUCAUCAUUGAUCUUUUCAAUCUUCGAUCCAUCGAUAUUGACAUUGAGAAUGAGAGUUCUUGGGUCGAGUCAGGUGCUACUAUCGGAGAGUUUUAUUACGCAAUUGCACAAAAGAGUAAAGUCUGUGGAUUUCCAGGAGGGAUUUGUCACACAGUUGGUGUUGGGGGACAUAUUAGCGGAGGUGGAUUUGGUACGUUGUUCAGGAAGUAUGGUCUGGCAGCUGACAAUGUCCUUGAUGCUAAGAUUGUUGACGUUAAUGGGAGAGUUCUUGACAGAAAAUCCAUGGGAGAAGACCUCUUUUGGGCUAUUAGAGGAGGGGGAGGCUCAAGCUUUGGAGUCAUUCUGACAUGGAAACUUAGGUUGGUUCGUGUUCCUCCAUCUGUAACAGUUUACAGGGAAUCAAAGACCAUAGAACAAGGUGCAACCAAAUUUGUAUCUAAAUGGCAAGUUGUCGCAGAUAGAAUUCCUGAAGAGCACUUCCUGCGUUUACUUGUACAAGUUGCAAAUGGAGCUGGUAAAAAUGAUGGAAAAACUAUUACAGUUAUAUUUGAUUUCUUGUUUCUUGAGACAUUUGAGAAAUUUCUCCCUUGGAUGCAAGACAAUUUCCCAGACUUAUGUUUAGACCAGAGCAAAUUCACGGAAAUGAGUUGGAUUGAGUCUGUUCUAUACUUUGAAGGCCUCCCAAGUAACGAAGUAGACGUCUUGCUUCAGCGGACUGAACCAUCUAAGAGAUUCUUCAAAGCAACAUCAGAUUAUGUGACAGAACCAAUUUCAGAAGCUGGCUUGGAAGAUUUAUGGCAAAGAAUGCUUCAACUGGAGGCAUCCGAGUUGAUACUGACACCUUAUGGUGGAAGAAUGAGUGAGAUUUCUGCUUCAGAAACUCCUUUCCCACAUAGAAAAGGAAAUUUAUUUGAAAUCCAGUAUUUGGUCUUUUGGAAUGAUGACAAGGAAACUGAAAAGAAUAUUGGUUGGUUAAGAAGGCUGUAUGCCUCCAUGGCACCAUAUGUUUCAAAGUCCCCAAGAGCUGCCUAUUUGAACUAUAGGGAUCUGGACUUGGGCAGGAACAAGGAUGCUGAUACAAGCUAUGCAGAAGCAAGCAUUUGGGGUUUGAAGUAUUUCAAGAAUAACUUUAGGGGACUUGUUCAUGUUAAGACCUUAGUUGAUCCUGGUAACUUUUUCAGGGAACAAAGCAUCCCUGUGUUUCCAUUGGAGGGAAAAAUAGAAUGUCAAGAACAACUAGAUUGGUUCGUGUAA